AGGGGAAAAGAAAUCUUUCUUUUUUUCGGUUAAGAUCCGGAGGGAGAGGAAGGAGAGAAAAUGGCGCAAACAGAGUUCCCAAAUGCUACCCAUGAUGUGUUCAACGCCACCCUUCACACCACACUGGCCCUCAUCACAAAACUGGUGCUUCCUACACCUGCCAAACCCAUCCUUCCAGUGCAAACUGGGGUGCAAGCUCAACAAGAGGAGCAGUCAAGCGGCAUGACUAUAUUCUUUAGUCUUCUUGUGUUAGGUAUCUGCAUCAUAUUGGUGCAUUUAUUGAUAAGAUACAGACUGCAUUUCUUGCCAGAGAGUGUUGCUGUUGUUUCGUUAGGUAUCCUCAUGGGAGCAUUUAUAAAAAUUAUAGAAUCUCAAAAGCUAGCCAACUGGAAGGAAGAAGAAAUGUUUCGUCCCAAUAUGUUUUUUCUUCUUUUACUGCCACCAAUUAUAUUUGAAUCUGGGUAUUCGUUACAUAAGGGGAACUUCUUCCAGAACAUAGGCUCCAUCACCCUGUUUUCUGUGAUUGGGACCGCCAUUUCAGCUUUCAUUGUCGGCGGAGGAAUUUACUUUCUGGGUCAGGCUGAUGUAAUUUAUAAACUCAAUAUGACUGACAGCUUUGCCUUUGGUUCCUUGAUCUCGGCCGUGGAUCCUGUAGCUACGAUUGCCAUCUUUAAUGCCCUUAACGUGGAUCCUGUGCUUAACAUGUUGGUCUUUGGGGAGAGUAUUCUCAAUGAUGCCGUCUCGAUUGUCCUGACAAACACUGCAGAAGGUUUGACGAGAGAACCUACGUCAGACGUAAGUGGAUGGCAAACCUUUGUACAGGCACUGGGUUACUUUCUGAAGAUGUUCUUUGGAUCUGCAGCACUGGGGACUCUGACCGGCCUUAUUUCUGCAUUAGUGUUGAAGCAUAUUGAUUUACGGAAAACCCCUUCUCUGGAGUUUGGAAUGAUGAUUAUCUUUGCUUAUCUUCCCUAUGGACUUUCAGAAGGUAUUUCUCUCUCAGGUAUCAUGGCAAUCUUGUUCUCUGGCAUCGUGAUGUCUCACUACACCCAUCAUAACCUUUCUCCAGUGACACAGAUCCUAAUGCAGCAGACUCUGAGGACCGUGGCAUUCAUGUGUGAAACGUGUGUUUUUGCAUUUCUGGGUCUGUCGAUUUUUAGCUUUCCUCACAAGUUUGAAAUGUCCUUUGUCAUCUGGUGCAUAGUGCUUGUGCUUUUCGGCAGAGCUGUCAAUAUCUUCCCACUCUCCUACUUGCUCAAUUUCUUCCGCGAUCACAAGAUCACCCCCAAAAUGAUGUUCAUCAUGUGGUUUAGUGGUUUACGCGGGGCAAUACCUUACGCCUUGAGCCUCCAUUUGGGCUUGGAGCCGAUAGAGAAGCGGCAGCUUAUUGGCACCACCACGAUCAUCAUCGUCUUGUUCACAAUCUUAUUGCUGGGCGGAGGAACCAUGCCCUUAAUCAGGUUGAUCGACAUCGAGGACUCCAAAGCCCGGCGGAAGAACAAGAAGGACAUUAACCUCAGCAAGACGGAAAAAAUGGGUAAUACCAUUGAAUCUGAGCACUUGUCUGAACUCACAGAGGAAGAAUAUGAAGCCCACUACAUAAAGCGCCAGGACCUCAAAGGCUUUAUGUGGCUUGAUGUCAAAUACCUGAAUCCUUUCUUUACCAGACGGCUGACACAAGAGGACUUACACCAUGGACGCAUUCAGAUGAAGACCCUCACCAACAAAUGGUACGAGGAGGUGCGACAAGGACCCUCCGGAUCUGAAGAUGAUGAACAGGAGUUACUGUAACAGCAUGGCGUUGUAGCGCAUGCCGGUGGUGGCGCCAAAACUAGACUUAAAAGGGGGAAUCCGUGAAGACGAGCUCUCAGGUUGUGCUGAAUUCCCACAGGAUGUAUCUGGGAUCCACCUCGCUGCUUGGAGACUCCAAACAAAAAAGGUGCAACGUACUUUGAAGUGAAAGACUAUCUUCUAAUGCCAAAUUUCUGGAAGAGGUGCUGAAUCCUUGAAUGGCCAACACCGACUGCACUGGGAUCAUUCGACCACGAUUACGAUUUGUGUGUAAAUGUGUGUUAGAGAGAUUAAGUAGCGCAGCUUCAGAAAACUUUUGUUCACUUUAUUCUACCCUUUUUCAAUACACUGCCCUAGCAUUGGGAGUAAAUGAUGAGUAAUACUGUGAACUUGUGUCAAUGACGAGCAAGUAAAUUAUUAUUUUAGGUCUGUCUUUAAUUUGCUCUCUUGCCAUAUGAUGGACUCAGGGUGCAGAGGAAGAUCACCGCCAGGGGGCUGUUACUGUGCAUGGACCAAAGCACCAGAUUAAAGCCUCAUGGUCUCUGGUAUUCCA